AUGGACUUCAUCAUGAUGAAAGAAGAGAUGAAAGUCCUCUCCCAGAAGUACAACCCGCAGAAGGCGUCCGCGAGAAGGAAAAACCCUCGUAACGACAUGUACGUCCACCACGAGGGAGAAGAUCUCCAGGGCGAGCAUAAUUACGCUAUCAACUCCGAACAGGGAAAGAUUUCCAUUAAUACCUGGACCAGGAACCAGUUCAAGGAUAAUUCCUACUGCGAGCUUGCUGCGAAGCUCCUCGCCGGCGAAAUUUCAAAGGUCACAGGCAUAAAAUACUUCCUCCUAGAUUCCGAUCGCCCUCCCAAAACUGAUAAAGAGUCCCCCGACAAUGACACCCGCGAAAAUCAGUCGGGCGAGAAACGCGGAAGGAGGCAGGAUGACCGAGGAAACGACAGCAACCGUCGAAGGGUGAUCAUGAUCAUCGGGGGAUCACAAUUCUAUCGCGAUUCGAUCUCGUCGAUUAAAGCUUAUGGACGAAAGGCUGAGACGAGUUCAAGCUGGCGGGCUCGGUCCCCAACCGACGACGCCCCUAACGAUAAGAUCGUCUUCGAAGAGCGGGGAACCAUCGGAAUCAACAAACCUCACUGCGACCCAUUGGUUAUCGAUCUCGUAAUCCGAGACCUGAAAGUGGGAAGGAUCCUUAUCGACACGGGAAGCACAGUCAACAUCAUCUUCUGCGAUACCCUCCGGAGGAUGAACAUUGAACUCGGAGAAGUCGUCCCGGAACCAAAACCUCUCACCGGUUUCUUAGGUGCAACGUCUAUGACCCUCGGAUCAAUCAAGCUCCCGGUGAUGGCUAAAGAGGUGACGAAAAUCAUUUACUUCGCGGGGUAA